CUGUGAGUAGAGCGAAUUUUCACUCCCUCUAUCUAGGCGGACUGCCCGCUACGCCUUCCCCUUCGCGACUUUCACCUCUCAAAAAAGUCUUGCGAGGCAUUGCAACUCAAACGAUCAUUCCGUCGUUCAAUCUCAAUAGACGAGACGAUCCCACUGCGAGUUCUGACUAAGAAGGAAAAUGGAGGACGCUGACUUCCUCGCCCGCCUGCGCGCCAUCACGGGCGACGCUGCGGUCUGGGAUGGCUUUGACCCGACUGCUUGGUGCUCUCUCCAGUCCGAGGGCGAGGGUUCCGAAGCCGCAGCCGAGGCCACCAGCGCGGCCGAAGGUCAGCAGGAUGUGGGCUACGCGUCGGACGACUCAGCGGACAUGAUUCUCAACCUGCACAAGCUCACCCCCGCCGAGAAGGCCGCCAACACCCGCGCCGGCGGCUCCAAGCUUAACAAGGCGCGCCAGUAUGCCGCCGGGGAGAGUGCGUUUUCGGACCAGGUUGCGGAAUUGGAAAAGAUUGAGUGGAAGGAGACUGGCUAUGCCAUGGGCGACGUCGCGGACGAAGGCGCAAUCUUUGUGCCGUUCGCCCUGGUUCAGAACUACCCCCACAUGUUUGUCGGGAAGGCAAACGGCGCUCGCGCUGAGCCGCUGUUCACGCUCGACGCUCUUCAUGAGAAGCGAGUUUGGGAUCUCUACUACAUUCAUUGUCCUCCGGACAUGAACAUGAAGCCCGUUGUGCUGGUUCCCACUUACCAGUUCCAACAUCUCCUGGAGGUUGUCAACGCCAAGCUGGAGACUCAUCUGACUAUCCCUCCGGGCAGGAACGAAGAACGGUUCAUGAUGUCCUUCGGCAUUGGCAACAGUCCCCGGCCACGAUUCUUGGGCCGCUCCAGGUCUGCCCAGUCGUUCCAGAAUCUGAUCAAGGCCAUCCCUGAGCCACACCCAGAUGAUGAUGACCUGUCCAAGGCAACUCAGCUUGGUCUCGAAGGGUUUAGGGAGCUCCUCAAGAGGAGCCACGCCGACAGGAAGAGGGGCAAGAGGUCUGAUCGAAACCGUCCGAAGCGCAUCAAGGCCCACCAGGCUUGGGGCCGGUCCGUCAAGCGCGUGCAGCGCUAUCUCGGCCUCCGCGGCAGGACGGCGGGUGAUGCACUCGGGAAGCUCGCCGCCCUCGACCUCAACAUGCCCACGGUCGAUGGUCCGGAAGGUUCCGUCUUGUUUGUGGCUAUCGACAUUGAGGCCUGGGAGCAGAACCAGGAUCUCGUCACGGAGGUUGGCAUCGCCAUGCUGGACACGGCCGAGAUCCAAGACUCCCCCCCCCGCGAAGGCGGCCAGAACUGGUUUCAGCACAUCCGCGCUCGUCACAUUCGCGUCAAGGAGAACUCGUGGGCUAUGAACUCGCGAUACGUCCGUGGCUGCGCGGACGCUUUCGACUUUGGAGAGAGCGAAUUCCUGCCUCUAUCCCAAAUCACACCGCUCAUCACCGACCUCAUCGAUAACGCCACAACGCCCGCCGGCGCCCCGCGCCCCGUGGUCCUCGUCUUCCACGAGUCGUCCUCCGACAUCAAGUACUUGAGGGUUCUUUCGUACCACGUCGAGGCGGCCCGGAACGUCGUCGAGCUGGUCGACACGCGCGAGAUGCACCAGUACAUGGUGCGCAGCAACGACGCGGCCAGCCUGGCGACGGUGCUGUCGAGCGUAGGCAUCGAGUCGUACCGCCACCUGCACAACGCGGGCAACGACGCCGUGUACACGCUACAGGCCAUGGUCGGGGUGGCGGUCAAGAAGAGGGGGAUGAGUUUUCAGGAGAAGGAGAAGGGGAAGGCGAAGCGACACGUUCCGUACUCGGAGCUGAAGGAGAAGGACGGGUGGACCAGCAAUGAGGACACUGAUGGCGGCGAACCGGUCGGUCUCACUCGUGGUGUUCACGUUGGCUACUGGGCUAGCGAGGAUGUUGGCAGUCAGGAUUGGGCUGAUGAGGGUCAGAGCUGGGACAACUGA